AUGUACAGUUAUUCUGGACAUUGUGCAAGGAGCGAAGCAAAAUCAGCGCUUUUCUUUACAAGUCCCUUUAUGCCUAUGAGGUUUCUGUCAACUAUGGUUGUGCUAAAAAUAGAGACACAAGUGAAUUACCCGGAGCAGGCAUUUCGUUCCCUUUCUGUGGACUUGAAGACUGACGAAGGGAAGGCCUUACUUUUGGGAUACCAGUGUGUGCCCAUCUUGUUAAGUCACUUAAAUGCAUUCAGUAAGGGUCUGCUUUCCGGUGCUCUUGAUGGAUUACAUCAGAUGACCACGGAAUCUGGUCCCUUACAGCCCUUCCUGACAGCCUGCAGUAACGAGUCCUUUUUCAUACUUGCUCUGUGUUGCUUCAAAACUCCAGGCUAGAUAUUCCAAAUAUGGAGAAGCUCCUGGUUGUACUGCAACACCUCUCUGCUAUAAGGUAAUCU